AUGGCAGAUGAUGAGCAAGCUAUCAAGCGUAGGAAAUCUGAGUCCAACAAACGCUACUACCAAAAGCGAAAGCAGCUGGAACUUCAGGAUCCCAAGCUCGCAGAGGCAGACAAAGAACGCAAGAAGCGCAAUCAAAGGGACAAACGGGCAAGGGACAGAUCAAAGGUACAGGAGGAGGGCCCAUGGCCCAUGGUGCUGGAUCUCACUGGUGAUGCCCCCACCUUCGACGAAGGUCUCGCCGUCAGACUUCACCACACGGACUCCCCCUCAGCCAAGACCUCCUCAGAGGUGCCCCCUACAGAAGACGUAGUCCAGUGGCCAAAUGGGCAGACUACGGUACUCCCAACCGUCAUGCGCGACGGACGUAACGUAUGUGAAGGCGACGCAAAGUAUGUUCGUCAGCUAGCAACCCUGCCCCUCUCAAUGCCAGGAUCCCACCAUGUCGAACACAUAGAUCCUAUUGGCGUGAAUGAUGCAGAUCUCUGCCAACGGGUUGAGGAAACGUUGAGGGGUGGGCGAUGUGCGGUUGUGCGUGGUGCAGCGAAGCCGGGUCCCGAAAAGCUCACCGCAGAGUAUCUGGUCGAGCGCGGGAUUCCUCCGUGGCUGCGUACCACCCACCACGACAUGGAACAACGUGCGAUUGGCAAGGUGCAUCCCUGUAUAGAUGCAACGAUAGACCAAUUGUUGUCUGGGGCCGACGAUCCUAAGGAGCUGCGAUGCGCCCUUGACAUUCCGCUCCCUGCGUGUACCCUCCCCCAGCCCUUUCAACUUCUAGACCACGCUUUUGUAUGUGCAUGGGCUCAUACCAUGCACAUCCUUCCCUUCCACAAAACUCGACUUCACCCCGACCUGCUCUUGUACCGACGCUGGGCCAACAUCUACCAAGGUGGUACCCUCACCCUCCCACGACACACUUCCAAUGGGUUUGGGACGUCUUUCAGCGUUGUGGGUUGUAUGAAUUUUUUCAUCGUGUAUCGCCUCAAGGAUAGAUUCCUAAGUCGCGACCAGACGAUUGACCAGUUUCUGGCGCUGUGUGAGAUCGAUUAUGACCGCCCUCAACUUCCAGACGGCUUAGAGGCAGAGAUAGUUGACCUGCGUCCCGGGGACCUCUUAUUUAUGCCACCUGGUCAGUUCUACGCACGAUAUGCUGGGCUGCUAACGUAUGAGGAGGUUGGUACAUUCUUACGCUAUGAUACCAUGCACCUCUCGGAGUGGUCUCUGUUCCUGGACAAUUCCCAUGGUAAAACGUACACGGGGCAAGAACGCAAAGGUACCUUUGUAACCUUGCGCCGGAUGAUGGCGGCCUUACCUUACAUGCCCCUCAAGACCUACCAUCGCCCCACGGUGGCCCUAGCUUUGAUGAUCCUCGACCCAAUUUCCUACGUCUCGCAGCAGCGUGACGGUGAGACACCGCCACCGUCCAGCAAGACGAAGACGAUCGAAGUGGUGUCUGGUGGUGAGUUUGAUUCCAAGGACUGCGUCGACAGCGCUAUGAAGAUCGCUCGGCGCUUGCUGCUUCACCUCGAACUUGACGAUACAGAAGCUGUAGGGGUUUUGGACGACUCGGCAUGGGAUGCUGUGGGCGAUCAGCUCCACUUGGAAAAGGUUUGGGACAACUCCAAUGCCAUCGAGUCGGAUGACGGUCCGUGA